GAUGCCAGCAAGUGCACCAAAGAGGCCACCCAUGCCAACGGCAUCUUCUGCUGGUUUCACGCCAAACAGGUCUAUGGCCUCUACAAGGGCUACAAACGGCGAAAUGCCGAACUCGAUGCCCUAGAGGCCGACCCCCCGGCUUACCUCAAGUCGUCCAAGGUGCCUCUCGCAAACCAGACCUUUGAGGACGUCGAGGACCAGGAGACUCUCAGGGAACUGCAUUCACAUCUCUUCAAGCGAUAUGUCCUCACCGGAAAGGUCAUCGAUGCUCGCAAGCUUCAUCACACGCACUUUUACUCCCUCCACAUCGACUUUGGCCACCAGGCAUAUCUCGACAAGCUCAGCAGUAACCGCCACACUAUUCUCCGGUCCCUGGAGAGAUUGGAGAGGCGAACGGCUGAUGUGCUCUACCAGAAAGAGCAAUGGUUUGCUUGGGUUCGUGAGGCACAAGAGGAGGAGGAGGCCAACCGUGAAAAGGAGCAGAAGAAGAUCAAGCAAGAAGCCGCCUUGUUCAAGCGUCACCGCGAGAAGCUGCAGGCCAGACUCGAAAAGGCCAGGCGGGAGGAGGAGCAGAAGAGCCAGGAUGCCUACCUCGAGGCUGCCUUCCGAGAGCGCAUGGCAAUGUCGGCAGAGGAAUGGGACAACGACGAGACAUGGGAUCCCAUCAAGGAUACUGGCCACGACAAGCGCAAUCAGUAUAUCGAUCUGAUUAAGCACUUUCUCUGGAUGGAUGUGGACGACGCCGACGAAGACCAAAACACCCCAGCUGACCCAACGCCUGCGGCUGCAGAGGCGGCCCCAGACGCUCCUGCAGAAGCUCCUGCGCCGGAAGACGGCCAAAAAACCUCCAAGAGAGGCAAGAAAAAGGCCAAGGCCAAGGCGAAUGCGAAUGCGGCGAAACCCAGCGAUCACAGCGAUCACAGCGCCUCGACAACCGACAGGGGCCAAAGCAAGCUCAUGGCCAUGCAAGAUAGCAAUCCGAAAAACCUAGCCGUCGACCAGCACGUACCCGACAAGAACAACAUUGAGACAGAGCAGGAAAUGAGGAAACGCCUGAGCCAAGGAGUCGACAAGAAGAUGGACAACAUAUCCGGCUUCCAGCUCGUUGGGUCAUUGGAGAACCCCUACGAGACUCAUACAAGGACGGCUCCCAUGACCAACGAUGAGAUCGAGUCGGUCAUCAAGGACAUCAGAGAGAUCAAGCUGCUGCUCUUCUGCCGCCUCUUGCUUGCGCAAGCCUCCAUGUUGCCCGCAGCCCUGCGAGCCAAUAGUGUGGAAGAGUUCCUUAACGACGCCGAGCUUGUGGAUUCGGACCUGCGAGACGUUUGCUUGAAGCUGGAAGACCCCUCUCUCCAAGAAAUUCGAGAUGCAUGUGCCGACUUUGCACGUGGGGAUGAUGCAGAAGACGAUGUUGACCAAGAUUCGGAAGUCCCUGAUUCUGAAGACGACGAAGACACUAUGCGCGACAUGAUGACUGAUCAUAACCGCUAUAGCCAUCUCGACUCUGGCGAAUGGCUGAUGGACAAGAUUGCCGACCGCCAGUAUAAAGCCCUACCCAAGAGGGAGAAGACGACACGCGCCCGGCCGCAGAAGACGCGAGUGACGGUUUGUGGCAAGAGUGUGUGGAAUCACGCCAGUGAAAAGGCAAUGUCUCGAGACGGCUGGCUGCAUUUCUCAAUCAUUGCCAAAGACUGCGAUCUCAAACAUGCCAUUGAGCUCUGCCGCAACUGGGCCGAGUUCACCGACCUCAACCUCCUCACCCUGUGGCAGUACUUCCCGGCUUCGAACUGGACGUCCUGGGCCAGCAACAGGCUUAUCCAGCAGCUGCAGGAGUUGCAGUUCUUCCCUUACUUUGUCGACCUUGAUGCCCAACGACACACUCACCAUGUCCAGGUCGGCGGGCGAGGCCGAGUGCGUCGCCAGCACGACAUUUGCGAGGGCAGAAACAUCAUCGUUGGCCACAUGAAGCGCGGCGAUCCAGUCACCCGGCGCUUCCUGCAGUAUGUGACAAUGCGAACUGGGGAGCUGCUUGUCCUGGUGCGCGACGGUAAGACCGGCCGCGUUAUAACGGCACCCCCUGACGAGCAUCUGUGGACCUACCGCCGCAAGUCAGGCAUCGGCAGAGCCUCCAAGAACGAAUGGCAAAAUGUGCUAGAAGUAGGGCCUGCCUAUUUCUACAUGACCGACGUCCUGCGGGAAUGGCGCUUCUCAUUCGAUGACUACUACGACGUCUUUAUUUGGAGCUUUGUGCCUGGUCAAUCACCACUAGACAUGUAUAAUGUUGUCAUCUCGGAGCUUCGCACGGCGUGGCGCAUCACACACCCACGAGAAGCAUAUUCGCACAUGGAGCCGCUCUUACGAACCUUGACCCGAGAAAAGGAUACGAUGCGCACUCGCAAGAUCAAUCCCGGCGAAGAGGUUGAGAGUCUCUGGGAUGUCGUCGCAGGCGAUGCCGUGGAGUUUUGCCUAUUCGACGUCAAAGAUGGAAAAGUGAACUGCCGGACCACGAGGGAGCUGGCUUCUUCCCCGUAUCUCUUUUACAACCAAGCAAACGUGGCAGAAGAUGAGGUUCUGUUUCCGGAUGAGCUGGUCUCCCCGAGGGAUAAAGUGCCGUUCCGAGAAAUCAGAAACGCCAUCAACCGCCUGGAGGCUCCCAUGCUCCCGAGUGAAGCGCGACAUUUGGAAAAGGGUCUCCAGGCAAUUUGCGAGGGCAAUGAUCCCGGUUCCGUGAUGGAUCGGGCAACGGAUAAAGACGAGGAUAGCAUCUGGGCGCUUCCCACCUUAUGGGAAACUGGCUUGCGGCAGGUCCUUGGAGGGACUCUUUCAGCCGAGCAGCGCAAACUCCUCAAGCAGACGGGCCUGAAUACCAUCAAUGAGAGCCAGUUGCUGGCCGACCGCCUCGAAAAUGCAGAGGGCCUGGAAAUCAUGGAGCGUGACAGGUCCUUUAGUAAGCCUUUCAGUUCUGACAGCUUUUGCAGGCGAAGAUGCUAA